AUGGAGGAUAAAUAUGAUAUUGAUCGACCGGCGACUGAAGCCGAAAUGAAAUAUGAUACAGUAGUAGCUGUAACAGAUAACAAAGUCGCCUCUGGACGAUCAAAAGCUGACGAUGUUCAGACACCAUUCCAAGAAGGAAUCGACACUCUGACGACCAUAGACUAUGGUUCUCUAGGUAUACUUAAUGUGGAAAGUGCAAAAAAAAUCAGAAGUGACACAAAAAUACCAAUAAAAGAUAGAUUGAGAUUAUGGCAUGCUAUGUGCCCAACAGACUUCUCAAACCUUCUAGGAAGUGCGGGAGCAAAAGAAAGCUGUUGUCUCAUCCAUGCGGAGUCACUAAUCGUACAUGUAGUAUGUAGUGCGGAAAAAGAAGGAAAUGUACUACUAGAUUUUGCAAAAGGACCACAGACCCUACAACUUAUAUACAGGGUAGAAAGAAUACUUAGCGGUAUCACAAGAUGUGGAGGAACAUUUCAGCUAGUGUUCUUCGACGUAUUCAAAAAAAUAUUCGACCCAGGGUAUCACAGUGGUGAUAUAACGGAAGAAGAAGCGGAAGACAGACAAUUCUUCGAUGGAUAUAUGCUGCUGCGUGAAGUGCUACUUACCCAUGCGGCACUUAAUGAAAUACCACACCUAGUAUUCAAGGAUUGGUACGACACGAACUGGAUAAACUAUGUCAACAAUAGUGACCCGGCAUGUAUCCUAGUCGAAGAAGGAUCGUCGUUCUUAUACAAAUAUAAAACCGUGUACGAAAUUGUAGAUACUAAUGCAAUAGCAGAUUUGAACGAACAAAAUGCUGAAAUUGUGGCCGAAUUCCAGACACAACAAAAAUAUAUCGAUAGGUUCACAUUUGCUACACAUGCUAUGGCGAUAUAUAGUUUGUCAAUCAACCUAUCAGUUGCAUAUUUUUUCGAAUUGGGACCUUUUGCGCACAACUUCAAAGCUUUCAUAUCGUUCCCAAGCAACUGCACACCACCCACAACAUUGCUGAAAGAGGUAGAGACACAGUUCCUGGCAGAGUACCCAAGGGAAACGGAAACUCAGCCCGGCACUGAAGUUCAAGAAAAUGGUGGAACAGAUGAUAAUGAAGAAGAGGUAGUAGCAACGCUCAUAGAAGAGCUAGGGGCAAUGGGAGUACAACCUAGGUUGAGACAAUUAGUGGCAUGUAACUACAUCAAAAAUCUAAAUGAUAUGAAACCAGGAGAAGAUGAAGAAGUGGAUGAAGAUACUGCGCUAUACAUUGACAGCUGCGUACUCACAUUCAAGGUACUACUCAUACACAACCAUCUAAUCGAUACUCUGCCACUAGAGGAUAGGUGCACACGUCGGCUAGAUGCGGAAAACUGGGAAUUCUUCAGCACUUAUAUCGCAGCCACUUUGGAUUUCAUGGCAUCAACCACCGUACCCAUACUCAUGGGGAUGCAAAAAAUCCUAUAUAACAUGAGACAUUCCAAACGUGAUGUAGCAGACCUAUUUGAUGGAAACCUAUUCACUUCCAUACUGCAUUGCAUGGCAAUUUAUGCCAAGGAACAUGAUAAUAAGGUUGACGGGAAUUUCCUAGCUCUGCCAGAAGAGGUAGCUUCGGGAAUGGAUCGUCUAUACGCCCACUUCUCAGGGGAUUCCAAGGCAAAAUUAUUCCCUAUUGACAUGACACCGUUCGCAGAAUGUGGUAUAUAUGACAAUGUGGAUGCCAUGGAACUUGACGGCAAUAACGUAGGUACCAAGCUACUUAAUAUCGAUAACCAAUUUGUCAACAUGUAUUUCGGACUCAAUGGAGCUCGGGAUAACGUUGAAUUUUACGAAGGGAACAACUCACAUUGCAUGACUAGAUUUGCAGAAUUACAAUGGAGAAAUCCUGCUCUCAUGUCGGAAAAAACAGAAUGUAUCGACUAUUUCCUCAAAGUAGAAAAACAUGACAAAUAUGCAGAUAUGCCCAAAAGGACACAUAGACAGGAACAACGUAGUAUGCAGAGACAAAAUGCAUUUUCACACCUCCUGUCGAGGUACCUGGGAUCGAACAAUUUACAUCACCCUAUUGUGCCAAAACUAGAGCAUACAUGGUUGGAUGUUAAGCAAAAGGCGCUGGAAGAUGAUACAAAUGCCAAGGCAAGCCCAGAGGAAACAGUGGCAUCUAAACCAGGCAAGCCAGAAAAACAUACAAAAGAUAAACAUUCUAAAGAGUCGAAGAAGGAAAAGGCUGGCAAGGUUAAAACUUCGGGGAAAGCUGAAAUUUUAAGACAGAAACAUGCAGCUGCACAAGAGUCGAAAAGUAGAGAGGGUGAUAUGAAAGCACUUGAAAGGUUAUCGGGACGUAUGGCAUCAAUGUUUUCACGUGAACAUGAUUUUGACGUUAUAUAUACCAAUAUAUUGGAUUAUACAGCAGGCCCUAAUCGUGCAGUUGACCUUACAGGUGAUUUCAAGUGGCUUAAAAAUGCAAUCACCACGAAACCUAUACAACUACAAUUCGUCAAGGGGAUGUUGGAAAACCUUUUGAAAACAUUUGAGGGAUAUAGAAUGCGCUCACUGAACAAAAGGGGUGCGCGAACAUCACUCAGACGUACUAUCUGUAUAACAAUACGUUUGAUACACGAUUGUUUCAGAGAAUUUAAAAGUAUCAUAGAUGGCGAGACUAUAGUGUUGCUGCAGAGAUUCUUAAUCAAGCUUGGUAUGCCGAAAAGUGCUGCUAACCUUUUCGAUUCAUGGAUGAAGUUAACUGAUGACAAAAAGAACAAAAAGUUCCAACUAGAAAAGGAAGAACCGUUUGAUUAUGCCAUACGUAAGGAGAUGGAAUUUGAAUUCCAACUGGCUUACAUGGGUGAUUUAAUGGAACGUACUCUAGGUUCCACUGAGGACCCAAGGGUUCUAUUCAAGCCUGACGCAUGGCAAAAAAUGCUACUGGAUAUUGUAGACCUUAGAGAAUCGGCCCUAGUGGUAGCGCCAACAUCUACAGGUAAAACAUACAUCUGUUACUAUGCCAUGGAACAGGGGCUUCGUCUCGACGAUGAGGGUGUUGUUAUAUACGUGUCUCCUAACGAUGCGCUGGCGCUGCAGGUCACCUACGAAAUCACAGCUAGGUUCUCCUCGAAGAACUAUGCAACGCCAUCAUGUGCAGCGGUACUCAGCGCGUCGUUCUUGGAAAAGUUCCAUGAUCCCAAGUGGAAUUGUGCACAGAUAUUGGUCACAGUACCCUCCAUUGUGGAACAACUGCUUAUAGCCAUGCGCUCUAGUGAACUUGGGUUUGCCAAAAGGAUAGAAUAUCUUAUCCUUGAUGAAAUCCAUUGUAUAUCUGAUGAAGACAUAGGUCCGUUCUUGGAACGUGUGGUCCAUCUAAGUGCUUCACCGUUCCUAGCGUUAUCUGCCACUGUUGGAAACCCAACCCAUUUCCACUCGUGGCUAUCGAAGGUCGAACUCACCCGCAGGAAUUCGAAGACGGCUAAGGUACACUAUAUUUACUUUGACGAACGUUUUUCAGACCUCAAAUUGGAGUGCUACUCCAGCCGCCAUUUGGUGCCACUAAACCCUGCAACCUGCCUUUCGUACCAUAACGUAAAAGCUAACGGGUUCCCCAAAGAUUUCUAUCUCAGGCCUAAGGACCUUAUGAUACUAUGCAAAGCUACAAACUUUGUAAUGGGUAAUAGGUGCCCAGAUAUAGAUUACCUAGAGCCUUCGGAAUACUUCAGGAACACACCUAUCAUCACCAAGCGACAGUAUAGGUACUGGUUACAAACGUACAUCACCGAAUUCUCACGACAAGUACAAAAUGGAGUUAUUGGUGAAAAGGAUUUCGAAAAGAUUAUGGAAUGCCUCAAAUCGGUAAAUAUAUCGGUAUCCCCGGCAGAUAUAACCGCUUCCAGUGAUGAUUCACAGGAUGCUUACUUCAAACUUUACCCGCUUUUAAAGCCAUUUGAAGAGCGUCCUAACGCUGCGGAAUCCAACGCUACGACUCAGGUAGUUAACACCACGUCAUCUUCGUCGCAAUCACGGGAGUUCCUGGACCCGGCCGAGGUACUAACGCUACUCAACACUCUAGAACAAACAAAACGGUUGCCGUGUCUCGCCUUCACAUUCGACCGUAACCACAUGGAACAUGUGUUGAUAUCUGUCACGCAACAGUUGAAACGUAGGCAGUGGGAGAAAUAUUAUGGUACUCCAGAGGCUACAGCGUGGACAAAUGCAGAGAAUAAGAGACGCAUAGACCAUUAUCAAAUGCUCAUGCGCCAAUAUGAAGCUGAGAAGAAGAUGAAAGGUGCUAGUAGAGAGCAGAAGGAGGAACAAGGUAUUGGAGGGAAGGUGGAAGACUUUCUAGAACUUCCCAAAGAACCUGUAGAUGUGGCAGAAGAUUAUGACCCAGAAUUUAAUUACUAUAAUCGCAAGAUAUAUGUCAAUUAUACAGAGGAAGUGGAAAACUUUAUCAAAAUCGCGUCUGGAUCUAUCAGUAAUAGGAAAAAUGUGGACUUGUUUGUAGAGGCUAUGCGACGUGGUAUUGGUAUCCAUCACGAAGGAUUACCGCAUAAAUUUACUAUGCUUACAGAAACACUGUAUAGGAUGGGUUUCUUAAGGGUGCUACUCUCCGGGCGUAGUCUUGCCUUUGGUAUCAACGUGCCAUGUAAAAGUGUCGUCUUUAUGGGUGAUAACUACGAACUCACGCCACUGAUGUACAAACAGAUGAGUGGUCGUUGUGGUCGACGUGGUUUCGAUCUUUCAGGCCAUGUUAUAUUCUGGGGUCUGCCGAUGAAACGUAUUCGGCAACUACUGACAGCUCAGUUACCAAACCUUAGUGGAUAUGCGUCGUGCAGUCCUACUGAGGUACUUGCCACACUCUCGGCAUUCAACAGUCUACUAGUUUCGGUGAGAGCGAGGCCGCCACAACCAAAGAAUACCGGAAAGAUAUCAACAACGGACGCUAGAGUACGUAAAAAUGAGAUCAUCACGAGGAGCCGUGAUAUAGUAGUCGAUCCGCGUGUCAUUGUAAAACGUUUGGCGUCGAUAUUCAUGCACGCGUUGAACCCACAGUCAGGAUAUAACAAGGACGAAGUGAUUGUUUUCCGGGCAUGCGUGGAGACACUUUUCAACCUUGGCUUUAUCGACCGCCAUGGUCUGGUCAGUGGAUGCUGUGAGCUGGCACUGCUUACGCGGGAUGCGCACCCAAGUAACCUCUUCUUGGCGCAUCUUGCACAAAUGGGAAAACUACAUGAUCUAGUUAAAACUAGUGGAUCUGAUGCAGCCGACAAACUGAUGGAUCUUCUAGCGAGGUUCGCAUACAAACGUAAACAGCUUGGUACAACAGUGACACUUAGACGAUUGCUACCACAGAGAGUACGUUGUGGAGUUAAGUAUACUAGCAAGUUGAAGUCUAACUUGCUAGUGAAGGACGAGGGGUCACUUGGUGUUGAACUGUUAUACCCUGAGUCGUUCCCGUUGCUACCCGCUACUAGCGGUGAAAUUCGAGAUGUACUUCGCGUAUACAACGAGAACGUCCUAGGGGUCUUGUCCAAGUACCAAGCCAAACUCACGCCAAUGGAUGCUAAGCUACCGCUUUCCAAUGUGGAUUUCCGAUGUGGACCAAAUCAACAAAAAUGCUGGUUCAUGGACAAAAGAAUGGAAAUGCAGUUUACAAGCUUGUCAUCGCCAUUUGUUGGGAUCAACGGGUUACCAGGUAACUUCACAACAGCACGUGAGUUAUGGCUAAGUUCACGAGCUUGCUCGGAUAUCACACUUGACAUGGUCCCGACAAUUGAGUCCGUAGAGAUCGACGUAAUUCAAAUGGAUCCUCAUUUCAACGUGAUAAAGAAACUUGCAGUUGCACUAGAAAAUUCAUACAUCAUCGAUUAUUGGGUACAUGGGCGUUUCUCCAUCGUGAGGGAUGUCAACGGGCUCGGGCAAUAUGCGUGGUUCGAUUUGCGCAAGAUUCUGGUUUUGCUAAAACUUGCAAAACUUACCCUAAAAGGAUACACUGAUGGAGGUAGUCGACCGGAUGUGUUACAAGAUGCCGUAGAGCAGGCACUUGACCGCUUCGAGGGAGCAUUUAAUCGCAUUUAA